ACAAUAUCAAAUACACAAUUGAAAUGGUAAAUGUGUGGCUUAUUACCUCGCUAUUUUCACAAUUUUACUCCACUCAGCUUGCGUCUAUCUCUUGUAUGUAGUUGAGAAAAUAUUAAUCCAAAGUUAGUUGUACGCUCCCAAUACUCGUAUAAAAAAAAGCGAGCAACUAUAGUUUGAAAUUUUUGUUGAAAUUAUAUCAUAGUAUACCAGGCCAUAAACAUAAUGCUAAGGCAGAGUCUCUAUUUCCAAACACCCAACAACCGUCUCUUUCGCUCACUCUCUUUUUUUGGUAUCGACCGUGUGCCUUUCCCAUUGAGGCCGGGUGAGAUAGUGGAAGAAGUGUGUGAAGGAGCCACAAAUACAGGAGAAAGAACCCCGACUUGCGCUUCGCAUUUAGUCACAGACUAAGAGCUGUGGUAGUCGUGAGAAUUUAGUUGACGAGACAACACCAAGGGUGAAGUGCUUCCAGCCAGCUGCUAUAUAUUGGCCAUCCCUGUCGCACCAACGCGCCACACACUCCUGACUUCUUGCGGCUAAGGACCUUUCCAGAGGAGGAUCAAAAGGACCCCCAGAAUAGAAAAAAAAACAAAUAGAGCAUACCAUGAAGCAUGAAUAUGAGACGGUGACACGUUUCAAAAAGCGCGAGAGGACGCAAAAUUGGACGUUUUCGGAGAAGAAGUUCCUCCUGGACCUAUGUCGCAGAGAUAUGAAGAUCAUUGAGAAUAAGAGGUUGGACAGUGCUUUGAUUGCGCUGAAGAAUAGGGCAUGGAGGCUAAUUCAUCAGCGCUUUGCGUCGACUUUUGGGCCUGAUCGCAACUGCAAUCGGCUGAAGGAGCAAUUCAGGAGGAUGAAGGCUCUGUCGAGAUCUGAAAUUUUAGACUACAGCCAUCGACUGAGUCGCUUUGGACAAGAUGUUGCAGAUAGGAAGCGUCCUAGUGCCUUUUCUUUUGAAAUUUGGGAAUUUAUGCAAGAAGCUAAAAAAGUCUGCAAGGCUGAAUCCAUGGACAAUGUAGACUAUUCAAAGAUGGAAUCAUCGCUGGAGAGGGAUGACUUUGACAACAGCAACAGUAGCAAUCAGGAGGAUGAUUCUCUCUGCACAACAAUUAUGAACAAAACUUCCCAGAAUAUGGACAUGUGCGAAGUUCAGAUUAAGGAGGAACCUGGAUCAGAUGUCGAAUGUAUCAGUAAUCCUUCCAAUCCAUCCGAAUCCCCGAAGCGUGUCGAUAAUCAGCUAAUGGAUCGCGACAUGCCAGCCACUGAUCUCAGCAACAUUUCAGCGACUAUCAAUACCGUCAACCUCAUGGAGAACAUCAUCCCGCGCGAUCGAGCCAUCCAGACUGACUCAUCAUCCCGUUCGGACUUCAACAUGAGAGAAUUCUAUGAGAUGCAAGUGAGAGAGCAUACCCUCAGAAUGGACAUCCUGAAGCUUCAAUUUGAGACAGCGAAGUACAAUAGGGACAUCGCGAAGCUGAACAUGAACCUCACGAUCAAAGCUAUGCAGAACAAUAAGGGCUGAAUCUCCCUCUUCAAAUCUCUACGAACCAUAAGAACUUAAUCAGUAUUUUAAUGGCAUAUUUUACCUCAAUUGUCACUGUGCUGUAAUUUCAGUGGAUUUCCUCGGAUUAGCUACAUAUCACGAGGAAUUAAAAUACACCAAAUUGAGCCAAAUGAACGUCUUUUUUAACUCAAUUGAGUUGAAAAUCUGUUUCAAGAACUGUUGGAGUCUCAGCUGAAGCAGAUUUUAAAGAGAAUUCCGUUUCCUUUGUAUUUUAAAUUAAGAGAUUUUCAAUUUUUGUGAAUUUUUUUCUUUAUUUAAAAAUUAUUGUAUUGGAUUUUAUGUUUGUAAUUUAGUUUGUAAUUGAAGUAUAAUUACUAGAAUAAAUUGAUAAGAAUUGCCUAAAUUCUAUAAAA